AUGGCUAUCUACUCCAGGGACGAGGCUUUGAUGUGCAAGGUUUUUCCAUCGAGUUUGGGUCCGGUGGUGAUGAGAUGGUUCAACGGCUUAAGUGCCAACUCUAUUGAAUCUUUCAAAACACUGACCUGGGCUUUUGGCGCUCGCUUUAUUACAAGCAGCAGGGUUCCUCGGCCUUUGGGAUCUUUGCUGGCUAUGUCUAUGCGAGAGGGCGAGACUCUCAAGACUUAUUCGAAUAGGUACUGGGAAAUGUUUAAUGAAAUAGAAGGAAAGAACGAUGGUGUGACCAUAACCACUUUCAAAGCUGGCCUCCCAACCGAUCACGAUAUAAGGAAAUCCCUAACGGGUAAACCUGUUACCAGUGUACACCAGUUGAUGGACAGGAUAGAUAAGUAUAGAAAGAUAGAGGAGGAUCAACUUCAAGAAAAGGGGAAGGCCAAGGUAAUCCCUCAGGAGAGGAGGGAUUUCAGGUCGGACCGUUACAACAAUAACCGACCCCGGAAGGACUUUGUCAGGCAGUCGGGUUCUGUGGACACCUAG